CUCUUAUUUGUGUGGUUUUGCAGGAGUGUCCUACUUCUGCUUUUGUUCUUGGACAGUCCUUGUUCGCCUGCAUAGUUUCUGCAGUACCGGAAGUCACCUUCAGGGAGACGAAGACAAAAAGUAACGUCCGCAGUUGAACUGGUGCUUUUACUCAUGAGUUAAAAGCACACCCACACCUUCCACCAUGAGCGGCUCCCCGGCGGCUGCGGCCUGGCCUCUCCGGCUCCCUGCGCUCCUCCCCCGGACGCUGCGGGCUCCUCGGGCCGCUCCGCUGCUGCGACCCUCCGGAGGACCCGGAGCUUCGGCCUGCAGGAGGCUGAACGUCCAGGCGGCGGCGACGACGGAGGCAAAGCUGAAGAGCAUCGAUGAUCUUCCGGGGCCCAGUCUGGCCACCAGCCUGUACUGGCUGCUGGUGAAGGGAUACUCGGAGAGGACUCACCUCCUGCAGGGGGUCCAGAAGAAUCUCUACGGACCCAUCUGGCGCUCCAAGUUUGGCCCGUUCGACCUGGUCAACGUGGCGAGUCCGGACCUUAUCGCUCAGGUGAUCCACCAGGAGGGCCGGUACCCGGUCCGGGCCGAGCUGCCCCACUGGAAGGAGUACCGAGACCUGAGGGGCCAGGCCUAUGGACUGCAUGUGGACACAGGACCAGAGUGGUACCGGAUCCGCAGCGUCCUGAACCCGAAGAUGCUGAAGCCUCAGGAGGUGAUGAGUUUCGCUCCAGUCGUCCACCAGGUGGUCUCAGAUCUGCUGCAGCGCAUCGAGCUGCUGCGACGUCGCAGCCUGGACCAGGCCACUGUUCCAGACCUGGCUUCAGAGUUCUACAAGUUCGGCUUCGAAGGUAUCUCGGCUGUCCUGUUUGAAACCCGGCUGGGCUGCCUCCAGGAGGAGAUUCCUCACGACACUCUGCGCUUCAUCGCCGCCCUCAACGACAUGUUGAGUCUGUCCGACAUGGUGCUGCUGCUUCCCCACUGGAGCCGCGACGUCUUCCCCUUCUGGAGGCGCUUCGUCCAGGCCUGGGACGACCUCUACGAUGUCGCUCGGACGCUCAUCGACAGGAGGGUGGCUGAGAUAGAAGCUCAGGUGGUCGAUGGUGGCGCUGCAGAGGGGAUGUACCUGACUUACCUGCUGGCGUCUGACAAGCUGAGCAGAGCCGAGGUCUACAUCAGCGUCACCGAGCUGAUGCUGGGAGGCGUCGACACGACGUCCAACACCUUGUCAUGGGCUUUGUACCAUUUAUCGAGGGACAGCAGGGUUCAGGACCUCCUGCACCGAGAACUAAACUCGGUUUGUCCCGAUAAAAGACAGCCAACUACCGAUGACCUGAGCAGGAUGCCAUACCUGAAGGCCGUCAUCAAGGAGACACUGCGACUUUAUCCUGUUGUUCCUGGAAAUGGACGCUUCGUUUCAGAGAAUGAGGUGAUUGUGGACAACUACUGGUUCCCGAAGAAGACCCAGUUCCAUCUGUGCCACUAUGCCGCCUGUCAUGACGAGUCGGAGUUCGUGGACGCCGAGCUCUUCAUCCCGGAGCGUUGGCUUCGCUCCGAUCCGCCGGCCCGCCGCUGUGGCAGAACGUGGCCCGGCUUCUACCAGCACCACCCGUACAGCUUCAUCCCAUUUGGCGUUGGCGUCCGGGCCUGUGUGGGGAAGAGGCUAGCCGAGAUGGAGAUGUACUUCGCUCUGUCCAGGCUGAUCCAGAACUACCAGGUCCAGCCUGAGGACGGUUCUCCGACUGUGGAGGCCAAAACCCGAACACUGCUGAUCCCAGCGAGUCCCAUCAACCUGCGCUUCCAUCCCAGAAUCUGAGGGAUGGACUCGUCUCUGAGGCUCUGCAGACGAUUGGAGCUGCAUGAGGACAGAAAACACCAACUUUAAAUCUCAGACUGUUUCAUUAUACUGAACAGAAUGGGUUUUUAUCAGAGCAGGACUGAAGUUUAAAGGCUGCAUUCUGCCCCCUUCUGGCACUGAGGAGGAACUACACUCUACUGGAAACAAGAAACCUAGAAGAAACCCCAGAAACGCUUCUAUAACUGGGUUUUAAAUCUAAGAAGACGUUCCCAGAAAGCACAAUAAAUUCUAAGUGGGUCUAACUGAACUCUUAUUGUCUUUUUAGCUGUUGAAAAAGCUUUUGCACAAACAUAGAUAUUUCAGAGUAAUUUUAUUAUUGAGCUUCACUAAACAAAUUAAACGAAGUGAUUUUAUUAAUUGUUUAAACAUUUUUUUUGUAUUAGAGUUUAUAUUUUGACUUACUUUAACGUUUUUUGAUGUCUACUUUAGUCUUUUUCGUGUCUGAUUUUAAUGGAUUUGUGUCUCAUUUCCAUCACUUUGUUUCUGUUUUGUCUCUUAUUGGUCAUUUUACGUCUCAUUUUGGUUGUUUUGAGUGUUUGUCUUUGUGGCGAUAUUAAAUCUCUUGUGUCCCUUUUUGGUCAUUUUAAGUCUCUUUUGUGUCUCAUUUUGAUACUUUUGGUUCUUUUUUUGUGUCACAUUUGGGACAUUUUUUUGCCAUUAACUCUCUUUUUGGUCAUUUUAUAUCUAAUUUCAGUUGUUUUGUGUCUCAUUUUGAACAUUUUGUUGCUCUUUUCUGUCUUGUUUUGUGUCUCAUUUGAAUUAAACGUUAUUUUGUGGUGAUAUUAAAUCUGUUACGUUUUGGUGGUUUGUCUCUUUUGUGUCUCAUUUUGAACAGUUUUUUGCCGUUCAUUUUAAUUCACUUUUCUGUCUCAUUUUUGUUUUGUGUCUUUUGUGUCAUAUUUGGAACCUUUAGGUCCUCAUUUUUAUCAUUUGCAUCGAUUAGCUUUAUUUUGUCUAAUUUUGGUGGUUUUGUGUCACAUUUAGGAUAUUUGGUGUCACGUUUCACUGUUUUGUUGUUUGUUUUUUUACAUUUUUGUCUCUAGUCAUUUUGCGUCUCAUUUUGGUUGGUUUGUCUCUCUUCUGGGUGACAUUUGGGACAUUUUAUGUCUUGUUUUUAACCUUUUUUUUGUCUUUGUAUCUCUUUGGGGUCAUUUUCCACUUUUUUAUGCUUCAAUUUGUUUGUUUUUGUCUGUUUUGUGCCCCAUUUUGUUUCCUUCUGCCCUCUUGGUCUCAUUUUUGUUCUAUUGUGGUUAUUUUACAUUGAUUUUCUGCCUCAUUUUGGUUGUUUUUGUCUGUUUAGUGUCACAUUUAGGACAUUUUGUGUGUAAUUUUUAACCAUUUUAUGCCAUUUUUGUCUCUCUAAUCAUUUUUUGCGCUUCGUUUUGACUGUUUUGCGUCUUUUCUGCCUUAUUUUGGUUAUUUUGUGUCUCUUGAGUCAUAAUUGUGACAUUUUAGGUCUUAUUUUAAACAUCUUUUGUCAUUUUAUUUCAUUGUGGUCAUUUUCCACCUUUUCUGUGCUUCAGUUUAGUGGUUUUUGCCUUUUAAGUGUCACAUUUUUGACCUUUUGUCUCAUUUUUAACUCUGUCAUUCCAUUGUGUCCUGUUGUGGUCCUUUUCCAUCUUUUUUUGCUUUAAUUUGGAUGUUUUGUGUCUCAUUUUGAAUAGAAAAUGUGGGUUUUUUUGUCUCUUUGUGGUCAUUUUGAGCCUCUUUGACUCCUUUUGGUUUUGUGUCUCUUUUGAGUCACAUUUACGACAUUUUACGUCUCAUUUUCAACAUUUUUUUUGUCAUUUAUCUCUUUGUGGUCAUUUUCCACCCUGUUCUGCUUCAAUGCAGUGGUUUUUGCGUAAUGAGUGUCACAUUUUGGACAUUUCUUGUGUUUUUAACACUUUUAUUCCAUUUUUAUCUCUUUCUAGUCAUUUUAUUUUUUGCAUUAAUUUCUUGUUUUGAGUCUCUUUGUGUCACGUGUUUUUUUUUUUUUUUUGUCCUUUUGUGGUCAUUUUAAAUUUUAUUUGUGCUUCAUUUUGGUAGUUUAGUUUCUUUUUGUGUCACAUUUAGGAGAUUUUGUGUGUAAUUUUGUCUGUUUGUGGCCAUUUUACAUCUCUUUUGUGUCUCAUUUUGGUCGUUUUGUGUCUCUUGAGUCACAUUUCUGAUGUUUUGUCUCGUUUUAACUUUUUUUUUGGUAGUUUAUCCUCUGUGGUCAUUUUACAUCUUAUUUGUGCUUCUUUUUGGUGUUUUUGCUUCUUUAGUGUCUCAUUUUUUUAACAUAUUUUUAUAUUAGAUAUUAUAUUUUGAUUUCAUUUUAGUUCCCGGUUUCUAAAACACUCCAAACCAUACGUCUCUGUAAAUUAAUCAGAGUAGGACAGUGGCUGCAGGACGACGGCUGACCUGAAUGGAAAUCGAUCGAUACGUCUGUAUGUGGAAAAAUCAAUAUAUAUAGUGUUAUAGUGUGUUUCUUUCCCCUCUUUGUGCACAUUUGGCUUCGUUUGUCGAUGUUUUGUGUCACAUUUUCAUCGUUUUCUGUCUUUGUGGUUAUUUUAAUUCUUUUUUGUCUCAUUUUGCUAGUUUUAGUGCCACAUUUGGGACAUUUUGAGUCUCGUUUUUAACUUCUUGUUCUGUUUUUAACAACUCUUUAGGUAGUUUUGUGUCUCAGUUAAAGUGGUUGUUUCCAUUUGCCCAUUUUACAUCUUAUUUGUGCAUAAUUUUGGUUGUUUUGUGUCUAUUUUGCAUGGCAUUUUGCACAUUUUGUGUCACAUUUUGGUAAUUUUGUGUCUAAUUUUAAAUAAAUGUUUUCUUUUUGUGGUCAUUUUACAUCUCUUAUGUCUAAUUUGGGACAUUUUGUAUCUCAUUUUGAACUCUUUUUCUCUCCUUUUUGGCUCCUUGUGGUCGUUUUACAUGCUUACUGUCUCAUUUUAAACAUUGUGGUGUUUUCUGUACUGUUUUGUGUCUCAUUUUAAAUAAAAGAUGUUAUUUUGUC